GGAGAGGAGGCCCAUGGGCACCGGUAGAAAUUUGGGCCAUAUGUGCUUUUCUUCCAUGUUUAGAAAUCACUGCAACGAGCACAAGCAAUUGCAGAGAAGCCUCCUCCUCGGAGCCGAAUUCGGCGCCAAUCUUUCUCAAUCCUUCAAUUCAACUCCAUUUUCUGCCCAUCAAACGCCCCCGACGACUGCACUACAUUAACAUUCUCUUCAAUCCUUAUUCUUUGUUUCAGCUUUUCAAUUCCCAAUGCUAAUACCCAGAUUUCGAACUUCCCUAAUUCUCAACAAAUCCUUAAUCGGGUCCACUUCCGCUGCAACCCAUGUCGCAUUUUUCCACUCCACGCCCGCCUCCUGCGACAAAUGGAAGAACAAUUGGAGAUUCGAUGGUGAAAAGGGAAAGGAGCCGUCAAAGAAUUAUGUUAGAUAUGUAACCCGUCAAAGGCGUGCUGAUGCAAAAAAGGCUCUAAAGGACCUCCUCUACAACAAUGGAUCUACCUUUCAGAAUAAGGAAUCAAAGUGGAGUCUUGGUGGUCGCUGGUCUACUGAGGAGUCAUCCGAUCAAUCAGGUAGCUGCGAUAAGAAAGAACGAGCAAAGUCUUCAAUGCGACAUAUGGGAAAAUCCCAGCAUAAGAAAACAAAACGCAAGUUCAGAAGAGAGAGUUUCUAUGAUGACUUCGACAACGAUUCCGAAACAGUCUUUCACACCAGAUUUGGCAAUAGAUCAUAUGCUUGGUCCUUUGGCUCAUGUAAGGAGUCCUCUGAAAAUUCAGCAUUUGGUUUCGAGUGGACACAGCCUCCGAACUGGAAGAACCGAAGAGCUGCAGAAUGGGAUAAUUCAAGUGAUUGUGAAUCUGAUGAAGAGACCACUGAUGUAGGAUCAUGUUCCGAUAGAACCAUUCUUGGUUUGCCACAAAAAGGUCCUUUGAAGAUAGAAGAUGUUAAAACCGCGUUCCGCUUAUCUGCUUUAAAAUGGCAUCCUGAUAAACAUCAAGGAUCUUCCCAGGCAAUUGCUGAAGAGAAAUUCAAACUUUGUGUUAAUGCAUACAACUCCUUGUGCUGCGCACUAUCUCCAGGUUAAGCUGCAGGUGUGCUCUAACUUGUAACAAAUUGAACUGCAACAACCAUCGAUUUCAAAAGAUAAUUUAUUAUAAGGUUAUAUAUAGUCUAUAUUUCAAUUAAAAAAAAAAAAACCUUCUUGGAAUAAUGGAUGCAUUUGCAUUCUUCAAAUUUUUUAAACUAAGGUGAUUCCAUUGCCAUUCUUUGAGGAUAUUCUGGGAAUUUAUGUAUUAUUUAUGGCUUAGGAUUUUAGUUUUUGUAGCAGUUCUAUGAGAUGGAUCACUGUUGUACUUGUAACUACAAUCAUACACAUACUAGUUUUGGCCAAUUUAAAAGAAUUUUUGGUGUAA